GCAGAAAAGGCAGUAAAGUAUCUUUCGCUCAGGGAAGUCAAAGGCAAAGAACGUUUUAUUUCAGAACUUAUACUUAGAUUUUUCAAGAAAAUUUGGUUAUAAUGGAUCCACCAAGUAAAAAAAGAAAACGAUCAGUGACGUGUGCGGUUUUGAAUUGUGCCAACAGCGAGUACAACCUUGAAGUUUGGAGAGAUAACAUCUGUGAUGUUCACAAUGUUAUCAGACGUUCUGAUGCAUGCUCAUGUAAAGAACCUUACAGCUUGUUCACCUUUCCUUCUAAAACCAAGAGAGCUGAUGCUCAUAAUAAAUGGAGGCAACUUAUUAAUCGUGCCAGCCCAAAAAAUCCAGCAAAAUUGAUGACAGCUAGACCCAAACAACGGGUUUGUUCCAAACAUUUUGUUGGAGGGGAACUAUCAUACGAGCAUCCUUAUCCAACUCUAUGUCUUGGUUAUGAAUCAGCUUCAAGGACUGAGAAGUUUGUACCCUCUGCAACACGUCGACGAAAGUUGUCAUACUCAACAUCGUCAUCAAAAAAACAAACAUCUAAAACGGAGAAAGUGGAUCCCAAUAUUGAAAGUCCUUGUAUUAGUAGCGUAGCAUCAAACAGUGACAUUAAUAUUGAUAUUCAAAGUCCUGGUACUAGCAUUGAAUCUUGUAUUUCUUCACCAUUACCAGAGUUAUUGUCACCUAAUAGUACAGUAUCAUCUAUGUUUUCACCCCCACAAGAGAUGAUUUCACCUAACCUUGUUUCACAUCAAGAUAAUGCAGAUUUUAUAGUUUCGGAUUCAACUAAGGAAAGAGAAUUACUUUUAAAUUCACUCUCUGAAAAUAUCUUGAAACUAAAGGCCAAAAACAAACUUUUAAAGAAAAAAAUCAAGUCACUUACCACAACAAAAAAUUUAUUUAAAAAUCAAUUCAAUAAACAAUCUGCCACCCUUAAUAUGUUACAUAAAUCUGUUAACAAUUGUUCAUGCAAGUUACCUUUAUAUAAAAGUCUAUUAAAAUCAGAUAAAAAAUGUGACUUUUACACUGGUAUUAUAACUCUCAAAUUAUUUGAGCACCUACAUGACAUAAUAACACCUUUGGUUCGCAGAAGAUGGAGAGGUGUUAAAAAAACUUCAACUGGCAUAUUUCGUAAUUUUAAAAAAAUACCCAAGAGAUUUGGCCCUGCUCGAAAGUUAUGCAGCAAAGAUGAAUUUCUUUUAUUUUUAAUGAAACUGAGACUUGGUUUACUAAAUGAAGAUUUGGCAGACCGUUUUAGUAUUUCAGAAGGUUUAGUCAGUGGUAUUAUAGCAUCUUGGCUUAAAGCUUCUUCGUCUGUUUUAUCCAAUAUGGUUGAGGUUCCGGAAAAAGGCAAUAUCACAGCAACUUUACCAGAAAGAUUCAAAUCAAUGCCUGACAUUCAUUCUAUUUUAGAUGCUACUGAAGUUUUUAUUGAAACACCUAAGAACUUGGACUUACAACGGAGUACUUGGAGUCAAUAUAAACAUCAUAAUACUUUAAAAAUCUUAGUUUGUAUUGCACCAAACUCAUCUAUCAUUUUUUUAUCAAAGGCUUAUGGGGGAGCAAUAUCAGAUAAAGAGGUUACAAACAAAUGUGGUUAUCUUGAUCUUGUUCCUAGCUAUUCUCAAAUUAUGUAUGACAAGGGGUUUAAUUUAACAAAGGAAUGUGAAAGUCGUUUUAUCUCAAUUGCAGUACCUCCUGGUAAAAGAGGAAGUGCCCAAAUGACUCCUGCGGAAAUACGAAAAACAAAACGGAUUGCAAAUUUAAGAAUCCUCGUUGAACAGGAUUUCAAAAUACAAAGCGCACUAGCGUGCAUAACGAAUGGAUUGGACAAGAUAUCUGAUCCAUACACUACAGCAUUGCUUUCAUAUACAUUGUCACUGGCUGGUAACACUAAAAGGUUUGAUAUGUUGAACAAGUUGGACAGUAUGUCAAGUCAAGCUGAUGGCAUGUUACAUUGGGAAGCGACAUCCGUAAAAGAUCACCGUUUGAGCUUCUGCUAUCAAGCCCCUUCCAAAGACAUCGAGAUGACAGCGUAUUCUUUGAUGGCUUACAUUGGUGGUCGAUCGCCGUUCAAGUCAAGAAUCGAACAUUUGAAAAUUGUAAAAUGGUUGGUGAAGCAGAGGAAUUCAUUUGGUGGAUUUGCAUCCACGCAGGACACCUGCGUUGGACUUCAAGCUCUAUCACGAUAUUCAGCUGGUGCUUUCGCAAACAUCUUCAACCUUACCAUUAUGGCAACAACUCAAACUGGUUUCACGAAAGAGUUUAGAGUUCGCAAUGAUAAUAAGUUGCUUCUACAAAGAGCUAAACUUCCAAAUAUACCAAGUAACGUUAGUUUACAAGCAACUGGUGAUGGAUGUACUCUAGUGCAGGCAAAUGUAAAAUACAAUAUACCUCUACCGAAGGAGAAGCCUUCGUUUUAUUUAAAUGUUACAGUUGAUAAAUUAAAAACAAUAAAUUGUGAACACAAGAUUAAAAUUUGUGGAAGCUACAUGAAAUCUGGAAAAUCCAAUAUGGCACUCAUUGAUGUAAACAUGGUGUCGGGAUUUGAGCCAAUCGUAAGCGAGUUGGAUAUGAUCAUGCAGUCAACCAGUGCACCAUUUUCAUAUUAUGAAUUCAAUGAUGGUGUUUUGUCUUUUUACUUUGAUGACUUGGACCAAUCAUCUACAUGUGUAACAUUCAAAGUUGAACAAGUAGCAGAAGUUGAAGGACGAAAACCGGCUGCCGUAAAGUUGUAUGAUUACUAUGACACUGACAAGUCAGCCACGACAAUGUACAACGUUGAGAGGUGUCCAGAAAUCAACGCAACAUAAAGAAACUAAUGACAGGACCCGAAAAAAACUUUUGACUGUUUAGUUUUGUUGCUAAGCACCUACGCAUUAUUGUUAACCAAUCAUUUUGUAUUAUUAUUAACCUAUCAUAUUAGUGACUAUUUUGUAGUGUUUUUGUGAGUGUAACAAGUUUGAGGUUUUAUAA